AUGAAUUUGCCAAAAAGCGAGACCAAGCCGUUACGAAAAGCCGGUGGCGAGGUUUGGGUUGAUGAGACGCUUUCAGAUUGGGAUCCAAAUGACUUUAGGAUAUUUUGCGGAGACCUUGGGGUCGAGGUCGGUGAUGAGCAUUUGGAGAAGGCCUUUUCUCGGUAUUCUUCUUUUUCUAAGGCUCGUGUGAUCCGAGAAAAACGAACGGGAAAGUCAAGGGGCUACGGUUUUGUCUCUUUCGCCAAAGUUGAUGAUUUUAUCAGCGCCAUGAAGGAAAUGAAUGGCAAAUACAUUGGAAGUAGGCCUGUCAAACUGCGGAAAAGCACAUGGAAAGAUAGGAACAUCAAUCCGAAAUCAAAAACCGAGUUUAGAUCGCUUCUUCGCCAAGUAAAGAAAAAUAAAUAA